GGGCCGCUCACUCGCGGGUGCAACCGACCAAGACGCAUACCCGUAUUACAGUCCUCGUGUACGGCGGUGGCGGCGGUGGUCUCGCCUAUAUAAGAACGUGAGCACGGCAAGUGACGCGUCUCAGUGUCUUUCGUUAAGUCCAUACGAAACAACUUCAAACGCCGAAAACCCAUAUAUUUAGUGAUUUACCGUUGAGACCAAAACCGCUGCAAACGUCCGACGAAAAUGCGUGAAUGUAUAUCAGUACAUAUUGGUCAAGCCGGUGUCCAGAUCGGUAAUGCAUGUUGGGAGCUAUACUGCUUGGAACAUGGCAUUCAACCCGACGGACAAAUGCCUUCGGAUAAGACGAUUGGCGGCGGUGAUGAUAGUUUCAACACGUUUUUCAGCGAGACCGGAGCUGGAAAACAUGUCCCAAGAGCUGUGUUUGUCGAUUUGGAACCUACUGUUGUCGACGAAGUGCGUACUGGCACGUACCGACAACUGUUUCAUCCCGAACAGCUGAUUACCGGAAAAGAGGACGCCGCAAACAACUAUGCCCGUGGGCACUACACGAUCGGUAAAGAGAUCGUGGACAUUGUACUGGACAGGAUCCGGAAGCUGUCCGACCAAUGCACUGGGCUGCAGGGUUUCUUGGUGUUCCACUCAUUUGGCGGUGGUACCGGUUCCGGGUUUACGUCACUGCUCAUGGAACGGUUGAGCGUGGACUAUGGGAAAAAGAGCAAAUUGGAGUUCUCCAUCUACCCUGCGCCGCAGGUGUCCACAGCCGUGGUAGAGCCGUACAAUUCCAUUUUGACCACACACACCACGCUUGAGCAUUCAGACUGUUCGUUCAUGGUAGACAACGAGGCCAUCUACGAUAUAUGUCGCCGGAACUUGGACAUUGAACGGCCCACGUAUACCAACCUGAACCGAUUGAUCGGCCAGAUAGUGUCUUCCAUUACGGCGUCGCUGAGAUUUGAUGGCGCAUUGAACGUCGACCUAACAGAGUUUCAAACCAACUUGGUGCCGUACCCGCGUAUCCACUUCCCUCUGGCCACCUACGCGCCGGUCAUAUCAGCCGAGAAGGCGUACCACGAACAGAUGACCGUGGCCGAGAUCACCAACGCCUGUUUCGAGCCGGCCAACCAGAUGGUCAAGUGCGACCCUCGGCACGGCAAGUACAUGGCGUGUUGCAUGCUGUACAGGGGCGACGUGGUGCCAAAGGACGUGAACGCGGCAAUCGCCACAAUUAAAACGAAGAGGACCAUACAGUUCGUGGACUGGUGUCCCACCGGGUUCAAGGUCGGCAUCAACUACCAGCCACCGACGGUGGUGCCGGGCGGCGACCUGGCCAAGGUGCAGCGGGCCGUGUGCAUGCUGUCGAACACGACGGCCAUCGCCGAGGCCUGGGCCCGGCUCGACCACAAGUUCGACCUGAUGUACGCGAAACGAGCUUUCGUCCACUGGUACGUGGGCGAGGGCAUGGAGGAAGGCGAGUUUAGCGAGGCCCGCGAGGACCUGGCGGCGCUCGAGAAGGACUACGAGGAGGUGGCCACCGAUUCGGCGGACGGCGACGGUGACGACGGAGACGAAUACUAACGAUCACUAGCAUCACCACCGCCGCCGCCACCACCGUUUCAACGCCGCGACGACGGACCGCCGCCGCCCGAUCCCGAGGACUGCGAUCUCUCUGGUCACAGACGUUUCCGACCUCGAGUCUCGCUCGUACGAUGACAAUAAUAAUAAUUAUCUAACUAUAAACGAUAAUCAGUGCUCGAAUUUGAAAAAAUAAAACAAUGCGGGGGGUUGCUAUAUACGAUAAGACUUGAAGAAAAAUUGCAAUGACUUAACUCGACGUAGAUAACUCACUGCGGGGUCUAUGAUGAGGUAGUUGACACAAACUUUUCAGAACAAAUACAACUAUAUAUAAAUAUUAAAUACGUCAUAUUCCGAUUGGAGUACGCAUUGUAAGUAUAAAUGCAGAGUUCUUGAAACGAAGCGUGUAGUUAACAUGACAAAAUGUAAAACCUCGGACUCGUCCGUUCAAUACUUUUGCCCCAAAUUGGUGAAAGUAGGUACCCGAUUUCGAGACUACUAUUGUUUAUUCGUAUCAUUAUGGGAACAAAUUACCUACAAUAUAUUAUUUCAGUGAUCUUAAGUCAUGGUUUUUAUUAUUAAUGAAUUUUACAAUUUAUUAAAUUUAUCCGAGUUAAUAUAAUAAGGACUGACUGACUGAAAUAUAAUAUAAAUAAUAUUAUAUCAACGUUUUCAGAAAUAUUUUUGUAAAAGAAUGCGCUGUUCCGUCGAUAAAAUAUAUUAGUAGAGGAUUUCCGCUCCUCGUGUGCUUCUCCCCAAAAUUCGAGUGCUGAGUAUUAAUAAUAAUAAUAUACUUCUUAAAUACAAUACAUAAUAUAUAUUAUAACUCAUUUCCAACUGGCAUCGGGCGCGUAGUCUAUAUCGUUGAAAUGGCUAUAUUUUAAAUUUAUAUAAUAUCUAUAUCGUUUUUAAUUCUGAAAAUCGAAUAAUUUAUUUACACUAACGCUUACAUUCGACCGAACACCUACCUAUAUAUUAUAUAAUAUUAAUACAUGAAAAUUAUUUUAUUUUAGCUAAUAACUAAAUUAGAAUAUUGUAUUAUACGUGUUGAUCGGUGGCAUAAUGGACUGCAGGAAUUUUUUAUGGUGGAGGGGGUGAGUAGAGUUCAUAGUUAUCACAAAUCAUUAAGAAAA